GGUCACGGGAUGGUUCGAUGGGUCUCUGGGAAGUCACAGAGGACGUACUGUCCAAAAGCGAUGCCAGGCAUAAUCUCUCUCAAGUUCCUGUCUAUGCCCACAUAACACACAGGGCUCUGAAGGAUAUCCCCAAGGAGGACACCAAUCCUGACAACUGCAAAGUCCGAGCGUUGGCUUUCAACAGUAAGAACAAGGAGCUGGGAGCUGUGUCCUUAGAUGGCUAUUUUCAUCUUUGGAAAGCGGAGCACACGCUAUCAAAGUUACUUUCCACGAAGUUGCCAUACUGCAGGGGGCACGGGUGUUUGGCUUAUGGUCAGGAGUGGUCAGUGUAUGCAGUAGGAUCGCAGGCACACGUCUCCUUUCUGGAUCCCAGGCAGCCUUCUCACAACGUGAAAUCCGUCUGUUCCAGAGAGCGAGGCAGUGGCGUUCGAUCCGUGAGCUUCUACGAGCACAUCAUCACAGUGGGAACGGGGCAAGGUUCCUUGUUGUUCUACGAUAUCAGAGCCCAGAGGUUCCUGGAAGAGAAGCCCCCACGUGCCUGCUACGGACAGAAGCUGAAAUUGCGAGAAACUGAUAUUUUGAAGUUGACUACUGGGAAAGGCUGGCUGAAUCAUGAUGACACCUGGAGGAAUUAUUUUUCUGACAUAGAUUUCUUCCCAAACGCUGUUUACACCCACUGCUACGACUCGUCUGGAACGAAACUCUUUGUGGCAGGAGGCCCCCUUCCAUCAGGACUUCACGGGAAUUACGCUGGUCUCUGGAGCUAAUGAUAACUCUUUAUAAAUGCUGUUCUUUACACAGUUUUACACUUUUAUUUUCCUUUUUUUAACAACGGAAUUGUGUGAUGCCAUUGAUUUCUGAUUUAAAUGCAAGCUAUCUUUUGGCAGAGUUUUCUGUUGGUCUCCAACAGUUUUGUACAUCUUUUUAACCAAUUUUUUGCUUUAACUUCCUUGAUCCUUUUUAUGAAGAGUUUUUGAAAUCCCUUUUUAUUGUACUUACUCCAAAUGACCCUUCCCCCAGAUUUAGGCUGUCUUGGCCUUGUGCCCCCUCCCCUACUUUGCUGUGAGGUAGGAUUUCUUUCUUCUGGAGUGGUUGCUCUUAGGCUUUCUGUGAAAGUCUAGGGGCUGCAUGUGUGCAGGUACUUUGUCAGUUACAUUACCUGGAGUGAGGACUACU